GACAAAUCAAUUCUGAAGACACUACAACAGUUGGUGCUUAAAGUCAACAUUUCAUGUUAAUCAGUACUGUGCUAUUAUCCCAUUUCAUCAUUGGCAGAAUAUCGCUGUGCAAUGCCUUCUAAGCCAAAGCCGGUAUAAGAAGCUUGUCCAUUCAACUCUCUAGUACCAUAGGUGUCAGCAGGGAAUCUCGAACAGCUUGAUGUUAUGUAAGAUGGAACGCUUUACAGAUUUUGGUACUCAGACGGAUGCAGUGGUAGUGCUUUCACUAGCACAGGCAGCUGUUUUAGGACUGGUGUCUGAAAAUGAACUGUUUGGUGCCACAAUUAGCCCCAGCGGCUUUUUCCCUACAUCCAGGAGUGAGUUUUCAGAUAAAGGACCCAUUGAAGCCCAACAGCCAGAGGAAGACUCCUACCUAAAUUCAGGUGGAAAGGUUGCAGCCGAACCACAAGAAGAUGAGGGGUUAGAUUCAGAAAAACAUACGCGGAGGAAGAAGAGGCAGCCUGUAAGAGUUGUGCCGAAAAUUAAAUAUGAGAAAACUGAAGAGGAAGAAGAGAUCUUCAAAGUCACUGUAGAAGGAAAUAGUGAAGAACAGCAUCUGCCACGAAACCUUGCAUUGGAAUCUCCAGAGCUGGCUUGUGAGAAUUCUGUGCAAAACAGUAAUGUAAAAAUGAUAGACCUCAGCACUUUUCGUAGGAGGCCUCGGAGACCUCGCCACUUGCGGGAGAGGCAACAUCACGAGGUUGAUGCAGAUUACAGACACAUUUUACAGCACCCAAUGCAGAAUCCAUACCCUCUCCCACCUGUUCCAAUGAUCCAAGGGAACACUGGUUUGGAGAACUUUCAGAGACAAUGUAGUUUUGUCCCAAAUAUGAUGCCAUCUGGUGACACUAGAGCCCCUAAUGUAGAAUCCCCAAAGAGAGAGGAAAAUGGCCAAAACUAUGCUUGGCAAGAUCCAAAUGAGUUUGAAACCGAUUCAGCAGAAUCUAUUGAACGCAACAAAAAGGCUCAGUUGGACCGUUUGGACAUUAAUGUUCAGAUUGACGAUUCUUACCUUGUGGAAGCUGGAGACCAUCAGAAACGUUGGCAGUGCCGCAUGUGUGAGAAGUCUUACACCUCUAAAUACAACCUGGUAACACACAUCUUGGGACACAGUGGAAUCAAACCUCACUCUUGCCCACACUGCAACAAGCUUUUUAAACAGCCAAGCCAUUUACAAACACAUCUUCUUACUCACCAAGGAACUAGACCACACAAGUGCGAAGUGUGCAACAAGGCGUUCACACAGACUAGUCACCUAAAAAGGCACAUGUUACUUCACACUGAUAUCAAGCCCUACAGCUGCCGCUUCUGUGGUCGUGGCUUUGCUUAUCCCAGUGAGCUCAAAGCCCAUGAAGUGAAACAUGAAAAUGGACGGUGCCAUGUUUGUGUGGAAUGUGGCCUGGACUUUGCCACCCUUACACAACUGAAACGACACAUUUCAUCACAUCAAGGUCCUACUCUGUACCAAUGCAUGGAGUGCAGCAAGUCCUUUCACUACCGCAGCCAGUUGCAGAAUCAUAUGCUGAAGCACCAGAAUGUUCGACCAUUUGUCUGUAAAGAAUGUGGCAUGGAGUUUAGCCAGAUUCACCACCUAAAGCAGCACUCACUUACACACAAGGGAGUAAAAGAGUUUAAGUGUGAGGUAUGUGGGCGGGAGUUCACCCUGCAUGCCAACAUGAAGCGUCAUAUGCUGAUCCAUGCCAGUGUCCGUCCAUUCCAGUGCCAUAUCUGCUUUAAGACGUUUGUGCAGAAGCAAACACUGAAGACCCAUAUGAUAGUCCACUCCCCUGUCAAGCCUUUCAAAUGCAAGGUUUGUGGAAAAUCGUUUAACCGAAUGUACAAUCUCCUCGGCCACAUGCACCUUCAUGCUGGGUACAAGCCCUUUAAGUGUCCCUACUGCUCCAGCAAGUUCAACCUAAAAGGCAACCUCAGCCGACACAUGAAAGUCAAGCAUGGUGUCAUGGACACCAGUCUAGACAGUCAAGAUCCAAUGAUGGAUCUUCCAGACCCAGAUACCAAUGACAUGGAUGGCCAACAAGAGAUGGAGGACUAUGAGGAGAAUUCAUAUGGCUACAGGGAAGAAGAAAAUGUGGCACGUGACCAGACUAUGAAGGAAAUGGUCUAUUAUAAUGUCUUGUAGUCAAACAAAGAGAAGCCCAAAUGUCAUGAAAGUACUCGUUUUGUAUCCUUUCACUGUUAAGAAAGGACUUAGGGCUCGACCUCUGUGAGAAGAGAGCCCUGUAUUUGUCACUUGUGACCUUACCUCCUAGAGAAUUGUCAUUGAGAUACCAGAGAAGACUUUUUGGGAUGCUGGUGCAUUUGCCCACUCCACACAGGAGUUUAUGAAGAAGGAUUUUGACUCAGGAGUAUUGUCUUAUUUUUUUCUAGGCUGUGAGUCACCUCUUUGCCUUGACUUACACAAUCUUGAACUGUAGAAUGAUCGUGGCCCUUGUAAGGGUCCUGCACAGACAUUUUUAUUUUUUUUUGUAGUUGGAGCACUGGUGUUUUGAACUGCUUGCUUUUUUUUCGUUUUUUUUUGUGUGCGUGUGUUCUAUAUGUGUUCUUUCAGUUUUUCUAGACGUAUGGCACAGCGGCCUGAAUGCUACCUACCAAGAUACUCGGCUACAGUGUAGUUACCCACACUGUUUAUUUGACGUUCGGAAUUUGUUGUCUUACACUGAAGGGGAUAUUCGGGGUUUGACUGUAACAGAUACAGAAUGUGAAUCAAUACCAGUUUUCCUCCAGGGCAACCAUGUUGUUCAGCCAGUGGAAGAAUGUUUUCAAUGUCCUGCUUGUCAAACUUCAGACACUAAUCGUCAUGGCCUCUAGGUGGAAGGGUAAUACUGUGUAGCAGUAUAUUAUUGACCAGGUUCCUACUUGUCUCAUCAAGGAAGGAGCCGGGCUGUGAAAGACAAGUUUUAAUCAUUCAGGAAGGGAAGAACAACAUGUUAGUAUUAGUUGCAGCAUUGCAAACUGCCUUCUACCUCUUUGCCCUCUACUGUAACAAGUUUGUUGAUGUUUUAUACCCUAUUUCACUUUCUACACUUCAGGUUAUCAAUUGAACAGAUCUGUGUUCAUAGUGUAGAUAGUAUAAUUUACACAAAGGCUUUAAGGAAAAACAUAUUAUACUUACAAUGUGUAUUUUCCCUAUAAUUAAAUAUAAGCAACUGUAAAUUUAACACCUAAUUAUGGAAAGCAGGGCUGCCCAAAAGGUAGAUCCCCAGAUGUUUUACAGCUUCCAUGAUGCUUUGCCCUUCUAAAGGCAUUCUAGGCAUUCUAAAUGCAUGCAAAGCAUCAUGGGAGUUAUAGUUCUACAACAUCUGGGGAUCUACCUUCUGGGCACCCCUGAUCUAAAUAAACGUUUGCUAGGGUUACAUUGCUCCAUCAUUGUAACUGUUUAAAAAACCUAGCACCAGGUGGGAAUGUUGGAUCUAUUGGACAGAUUUACGACCACAUCCCUAAUAUUUAAAGCAGACCUGUCACUUUCAUGCUGCACAGGCCCACGUAUUUUUACGGCUUAUGUCUACAGGUGGCAUUAUGUUGUUUUGGACACAGAAGUUGCUGCAUACGUGUUUUAUUUACUUAUGUUGUAUUACUCAUCCUAGUAACUGCUUCAGUAGCUUUUGCUGGUGGGAUGGGAUGAUGAACUGUUACAUAUAGAGACGUUAUUGUUCUCCUUUAAAGUUAUCCCAGUUACUAACAUCCUAUACAAAUGUCAAUUGAUGGAGAUAUGACAGGGUGAUCUAAUGUUAACGCUCUAAUGAGACCACAAACUCUUUCACAGCACCCAUCCUUUUCACUUAUUUUCUUUCCAAGAACUAUGUAGCCAAAACUACUCAAAAAUACAUUUAAAAAAGAAACCCUGGAAACCUCAUUUAUGUGUGACCACUAUAAGUCAGGGAGAUUGGAAAGAUGUUCAUGUCCGUUAGCAGGAAACAAAUACUAGUGAUUCAAUCCAUAAAACUGAUCUACAAUGGUCUGUGUUCUGUGUUUUAACACCAGCACAGCAGACAUAUUUUUAUUUUUAUUGUUCAAGUGAAUGUCUUUCUCUGACUGAUGAAAUCUGUCUGUUUAGUUCUACUAAAUCUUGCACAUUAUAUAAGCUAAAAGCACCAACCAAUCUGAGUGAUCUAAGCACAGGGUUUAGCUGCACUUACCCCCCAUUUGCACCCAAAUCACACUCCAUAUUACAAAUUUGGUGUUUAAGUAUUUAACAGCACCAACAAUUAAUCAACAGGAAAAGUGUGCAGGCGUAUGUAAUUAUAUAGAAUUUCUUAAUCUGCUGUAGGACAAUUAACGGGAAGUGUAGGGCACAAAAUAAACUGUGGGAUCAAUAAGGGAAACCUAUUGAUUCUAAAAGUGGUUACAAAGUGUAGAUGGAAAGAGUGGAUUGAAAGAACGAACACCUGAAAUAUGUUUGAAAGAAUAAAGUAUAAUUUUACAUUAGGCAUUCAGUGGCCAGCACAACAUUUAAUAGAGCAUUCCAGUACUCCAGCAAUACCUCUGCCUGGUAACUUUCUAUCCAAUGCAGCAAUAUGCCAUCCAUAUGCAGUGGGAUUUACAAGUGAUUCUUUGUCCACUAAACUCACAAAGAUCACUGUGUUGGUUAUGUUGUAAAAGUGGAGCAGUAAUCAUAGAAACCAAUGGAAUGUUCCUUUCGAUUGCUCACACACUUUCAUUUGCCCCUACCCAUUGUGCACAACCAUUUAAGCCAAGUAUACCAUGCCAGGUUUCAUAGAAAUAUACAGUAUAAGUUUAUUUGUUUUAUGUUAGCUUUUCCAUUUUGUUAUGUUAUUUUGGGUCAUCUCACUGUUGCGAAAGAUUAAGGGAAUACAAAAAAAAAGGCACUUUGUCUAAGUUUGGUGUUAAAG